CCAAGGGCUUCAGAUGAGAAAGAGCAGCGUUUCGUGUCGGAAACGUUGACCGCAUCACACCGCAGCCAUGUCCAGGUCGUUCUAUGUCGAUUCGUUGAUAAUUAAGGAUUCUGUUCGCCCUGCGCCCUUGAACGAGCAUCCAGGGCAAGACUUCCUCAUCCCCCUCGGCGUGCAUUCGCCGGGCGUCAUGGCCGUGGCGGCGCCGGUAUGUCCGUCAAGGAAAAGCGGCACUUUCUGCGUCUGCCCGCUGUGCGUCACGUCUCACAUCCAUUCUCCCAGGAGCAGCAUUCCGCUGCUGAAGGGACAGUUUCCGAGCGGUGAGAUGCAGUACUGCCAGAGGAUAGGACACCAGCAGAGCCCAGCUCUGGCGCAGCACGGACACACACCUGUCGGCACGCCUACAUACAGUGUCACAGACGCUAGGAGGUUUCACUGUCUUUCCAUAGGUGCGCCUGAGAGCAGUCACAUCCAAAACGGGAAGAGAAUGCGCACCGCCUUCACCAGCACUCAGCUAUUGGAGCUGGAAAGGGAGUUUUCCUCCAACAUGUACCUCUCCAGGUUGAGAAGAAUAGAAAUAGCGACGUACUUAAACCUGUCAGAGAAGCAGGUUAAGAUCUGGUUCCAGAACCGCCGGGUGAAGCACAAAAAAGAGGGCAAAGGAACGCAAAGGAGCGCGCACGGGGGAUGCACAUGCGCCGGCGGGCACGUGCACUACUCCCGGUCGGAGGACGAGGACUCGCUGUCGCCAGCAUCAGCCACAGAGGAGAAGGAGAUUUCCCCCAUAUAAUGACAUCCUGUCACACAACCUUUACUUCCACUAGCACUUAA